AUCCGUCUUUCAGCCUCUCCUCCGCUCCAUCGCAGCACUACACGGCAACCCCCCUUCCUUCCGUUUGCUCUAUCUCUCUUUAUCCCUCCAUCCCUCUCUCACGCACUCCCUCCCUCUGUCUCUCUCUCUCCUUCAGUCUGCUCGCCCUCUCGUCCUGUCGUGCAGUCCUUUUCGGUCACCGUUGCAGGGAGGAGGAGCCUUACACACACGCAUUCACGCACAUUCACACACAGUCUCUCUUACACACGCACACACACCCCACUCUCCUCUCUCGCUCUUGCUACCUCGCAGAUACCACCGCCAGCUCUCUUCCGCUCUGUCCAGCUCUCCCUCCGAGCACCAGGCAAACAUUAUCCUCGCCGACCAGUCAGCCAGGCCCGCUUUUGUUUGCCGGAGCAGGGGAGCCAAAUAGCUUCGUCUACGUAAAAAAAGAUGGAUGUAUUCAUGAAGGGGUUCUCCAUGGCCAAGGAGGGUGUAGUGGCCGCCGCGGAGAAGACCAAGGCGGGCGUGGAGGAGGCAGCAGCCAAGACCAAAGAAGGGGUGAUGUAUGUCGGUAACAAGACGAAGGAGGGAGUCGUGUCCGGAGUAAACACAGUGGCCAACAGAACUACUGACCAGGCGAACAUCGUAGGAGAGGGGGUCGUUGCCGGGGCCAACGACGUGUCACAGGCCAACGUGGAAGGAGUCGAGAAUGUCGCCGCCUCUACUGGCAUGGUCAAUCAGGAGGAACCAGUAUACGAGGGAGAGUAUGGAGGCAUGGAGCAGGGUGGCCAGGGAGGAGAGGGGUACUAACUGUUCCUGGGACGUCCGGCAGUGUCCUCUCUGAAAGCCCCACGCCCGACCCCCCCAUCCCUGCCUACGCUCUUCCUAGGAGAUGUUCAACAUAUUUUUUUGUGACUUUAUGGAACCAAAACGACAAAAACAGACUCUUCCAGACGCCGCGCCUUUCUGUCCCCGCUGCCCUUAACCCUAAUGCCCACUCCCUCCAGACCACCUCCACACUGUCCUGGUAGUUCGGCAUCCCCCCCUCCCUCCCCCCCUCCCUCCCUCCCUCCCUCCAAAGCUUCUGUUCCACGCCCCCCACCUUGUGUUGGUGUUGUCAUGAUGUUAUCCCCUAAGUGUUGUUGUCACUGCAUAUCUGCUGCCCUUUCUGGGGGCAAGACCUGCUCACACACACACACAAACACACAAUGUGGCGCUCGCGCACACACAAACACACACACACACAAACACACAGACACUUGCACACAUGCCCGCGCAUUCACCAAGGCACACACACGGUUCCCCCAUAGCGUAAUCACACAUGGGCACGUACCACAGAAAGACAGAAAGAGGGCCAUUGUUGGCGCAUACAUGUCCUGUACAUACCAGGGUACCCCACCGAUGGGCAGGUGAGAGGGACGGGCAGCCUCAGUGUUAGCUGAAGAGAGCAUGUGAAUACAAUCGUGAUAAUAGUUAUACGUGUAAAAAAUAUUGAGACAAAGAUAGCUCAUGGGAUGGUGUUUGUGGUAACCGUUUGCGUGAGUCCUGUGUGUGCAUGCGUGUGCGUGUGAGCAUGUCAGCGUGCGUGCAUGCUUACUGGGCGGAGGUAGAGGAUCCCGGAGAAUGCUGCCAGUGUGUGUUUCUUUGUGGGGCAUCGUGCAAUAAAGGCUAAAGAUUAUCCCUCCCUCCAACGUGUGCGAUCGCUCGCUAACUACAGUAGAAUGCAUGAACAGAUUCCCCCGAGAAUGGCUUCGUUGUGUUUCGUAGCCGCGUAGCGUGUUCACUGUUGUAGUUAGCUUUGUUUGGCUAAGUGUGUGUGCGUAUGUGUGUGUUUGAUCUUGAAUAUGUAUGCAUAGCAACCAGCAGAGAGCAACACAACUUUCCUCUACUUUUCCUCUUAUCUUUUGUUCUUAGAAAUAACCAGAGGUGCUAGGACAAAACAAUGGCAAAACUGUGCCACGAGUUUGCUUUGAACAAGCUCAAGAGCAGAAGCAAUACUGGAAAUUCAGUUCUGUAGAUCAAUCAAGGUCUAGACUAAGACUAGGUUUAGUCACGGGAUGGUUUGAGUUGGAUUCAUAUUUCUUUGGCCAAGGUUUUGUCUAGUCUCUCAGACUGGUUUAAUCCUUGUUUGCACUGCUGGGUUGAUUUGAAUUUUAAAGUUCAAGGAGGCAAAAUGUGUUGUGUUGGUUGAUUGUUUUGAUAUGCCGUGUGCUAGCUGUUGCUUUUAGACGUUGUGAGGUUUGCAUGCUGUAGAGAGUGAGACAAACAAGCAAUAUGGAAUUCAGUCAGCCAGGGGUUGAGCCACCAAAAUCUGUAGAGUCAGGUGAUCCUGCAUCGAGUCAUGGAGGAUGUAGUUUUGGUUUGUAGUUGACCAUUUAGAGUUCCCAUAGUAACUCUUCUGUUAGUCCCGCCCAUCAGCUUUCACAGCCACUCAGAAGAUAGCUUUACCCUGUCGCUCAAUGACUGGCCCCCGCCACUUCCCUUGGGCUUGUGGCAAGCUUUUGUCUGCCCUGCAUCUGUGUUUGUGUUUGUGUAUCCGUAUGUACUCUAUUUGUGUGUUUUAACAUAGGAAAAGCAGAUCGUACCAGCAAAACGUGCGUGCACGCAUGUGUGCGUGCGUGUGCGCGUGUGUGUGUGUGUGUGUGCGUGUGUGUACUAUGUGUCAUGAGCAGAUCUGUGUGUUUUUACUUUGAAGCCAAUCAAAACUGAUGACUGCAUGUUGCCUUAUCAAGCAAUCUGAUAUUCACGCACACAUCACACACACACACACACUGACACUAAUUCACAUAGCCACAUAUUGUAAACAUAAACAGAGUGUAUGAAAAACACACCAGUGACAUACACAUACACAAAUCAGCAGACACUGGACAAUUAUCACACACUAUGUUUAAGUUGGCAUCAAAGCGGACUCGCUGAUUUUUUUAAACAGUAUCAGUCAAAUAAAAAUGGUUUGUCGAAAUCUGAA